AUGGAGCCCGAGGACUACACUGUAGUUCCAAUCCCGUUUCUAAAUGCAACAGUGAGCAAUGUUGAGUUGAUGGCAAGGGUUUCUGUGGUUUUCAACGCGCCGCUCUCCUUUGAGAAACUGUAUGCCGCCUGGAUCACAGCCCUCCGGGUGCGACCGAUUAUGCAGGCGCCCAUGAGGAAAUGCGACUCGGUCCCCUCCGGCCUGGCGUAUCACGUCCUGACACCCGUCGGAAUGGCCAAAUACCUGAAGAAGCAGGUAGACGCCCCGGAGCACCUGCGAGACUUUUAUUGCUUGGACGAGUCCCAUCGCUCCAUCCGCAGCUACUGCCCCGGCUUCGGUGUCGGCGCCAACGCACCGAGCAAAGGCCAAAGCAGCAUCCUCAUCAGUCAAGGCCCCGAGUUGCCGGACCAAAAGCGCUGCACGGCGUUUAACGCCGUCGACAGCAUCAAUGAGCUGCUGCACUCGGACCGCCCGCAGACGACGAUUCAAGUUACGCGCUUCGGCGACGCAACCAUGAUUACAUUCUCAGUCAACCACGCUUUCGGAGAUUUGGUCACCAUUAAGUCCUUUCUCAAGGCAUGGGAAGUUGCGCUCCAUGGGAAGACCGUCACACCGUACGAACGGCCGGACGCGGACCCGUUCGUCGGCUACGAACCCGGUGGUGAGUUUGCAGCAGAGACGGCGCCUGGCAAGGGCCCGGCGCCGCCGCCGGGCUGGAAGGUGUACGGCAUGCUGGACAAGGCGCGCUUCAUGAGGAGACACUUGUGGGAUUACUACGUGCAGCGGCCAGAACGCUCCAUCGAGGACCGACGUAUCUUCAUCCCCAACGCGUUUGUGGAGGCGCUCGAGGAAAAGGCGCGCUACGACUUGACCUUUGUGCAGGCGCGGCUCGACGCGCGGUCCGGAAAGAAUAUCGACGCCGAUUCUACCGUCGAGAGGAAGAAGAAGCUCUACGUCAGCCGGUCGGAUGUGCUCUACGCGUGGCUGCUGAAGCACAGCCACGCGCACCUCGCGCCGGAGCAGCCGAGCACGGCGGUCACAAUCUCCAACGGCCGCUUCCGGCCGCCGGCAGGACCGCCAAUUGCCGCGCACAGCCUCGCGGACAACGACCUGCUGUGCGGCGCCAUGGCGAUUGCGCUGCCGAGCCUCACGGCCGGCGCCGUCAUGGCGCUGCCGCUGGGCGAGCUGGCGCUGCACAUCCGCGGCGGCAUCAAGGCCAACACGAGCCCCGACAACGUCAAGAAGUGGCUCAACUUUCAGCUGUUCCACAGCCUGUGGAAACGCCCGUCGAACCAGCUCGCGGCGCCCUUUGAGCCGCACCACUUCAUCACCGGCGUCACCGACUGGCGCCUGGUCCGCCUGGAGCAGGUCGACCUGACGCCCGCCCGACUGGACGGCGAUGCGGCCGCGGCAGUCGCCGUCAGUGCCAUUGACGGCCACAUGGUGGUGAAUACCUCGCGGCGCGACUUUUACAUUUGCUUGGGAGAUGUCAGCGGAGGCGUCAUGAUCCUCGGGUAUGCGAGCAAGGAUCAGUGGCAGGAUCCGCGCAGCUUUGGUAAAUAUGAUACUCUGUUGCGGGAGCCAAAGAGCAAGCUAUGA